UGGCUGUGUGCCUGCCUGUGCCUGUCCGUCCCCCCACCCCCGGCCUCCGAUUUCCCCAAUCCUCCCCAGUCUCCAGUCUCCCCAUUCGCGAAAUCUCCGAGCUCGCCGGCAAGCGAACGAAGGAAGGUUCUCAGUUCUCACGGUCGUCUCGUCAAGGCGCGCGCCCUCUCGAUCCGUACUCUUCUCUCUCGAUUCGUCUGGACGUAGUCGAGUCUCGUACGGAGAUCCGGAGGACUUAGACAAGAUGGUGGCCAAUGGUGACGCACCCGCCAGAGGGAGUACCGCAGCAGCUGCAAGCCUGCGCAGGCGUAGAACCACGAGCGGUGCUGCUGGCGCUGGCGCUGGUGCCAGCUCCAUGCUUCAGUUCUACACCGAUGAGGCCGCCGGGCGCAAGAUGUCCCCGAACACCGUUCUGAUAAUGAGCAUUGGGAUCGUCGCUGUUGUUGCUAUGCUGCAUGUUUUCGGGAAGCUGUACCGCACCUCCAACUAGGUUGCUGUUACCGUGCCCAGGAAAGCAGAGUCUGUCAAGACAGGAACCUUGUAGAGCGAUUCUAAUGGAUAGCAAGUGACUAUCAAAUUCUGAAGCGGUUUUGGUGUUGUAAAAGUUUAUAGACCUUGCAAUGCCGAGCUGUGGCG